AUGCUGAUCCACUUCAUCAUCGCCGACCACCACAGCCGCGCCGAGCUGAUGGUGCUCUGGUUCACCGAGCUGUACACGCAGUAUUUAGGGUACAGCUUCUGCGGGGCGGACAAGUCCGACAAGCAGGCGGCGAAAGAAGCCGCCCUCGGGAAGUACAACAUGAUCGUCGACAAGUUUUUGCGGAAGCUCGUGGCAAAGGGGUUGCUGAACGAGAUCCCGGCGGCAAUGACUAUAUUCAAGGAGGCCUGCUUGUCACAGGUCAAACCAGCCUUUUUGACGCUGAUCAUCUCCUUUUCAGUCUACGGCCACAUCUGCUUGAUCACGCUUCGCGAGAUGAUCAUCGGCCGGGUCGACUUCCGCGAGACGUUACUCCGGCUGUUGAUCGACAUCAGCGUCCAGGACACGUCGGUGGAGGCCUCCAAGACGGCAAAGGAGUUGUUCACGUUCCGCUUCAUCCGGGACAUCCUCGUCAGGCUGCUCAAGGACAAUCUCCAGAAGUGCACCGUCACGCCGCCGCCACCUUCCUUCGCCAAGCCCGGCUUGCGCCCAGCACCCACCGAGUGGACCGACAAACUGUACUCCAUCGCCGUGCAGACGUACCUGGAGCUGAUCCCGCAAGACCCCGCCCUCAUCCACUACCUGGCCAGCGUGUACGCCGUCGGAAACAAUUUGCUGAAAAAGGCGAUACUCCAAAAAAUCGAGCUGCCCAUCGCCAACCACACGGACACGUCAGAGAUUGUCAACCUGAUCAACAACUGCCCGCAGAAAGCCGAGACGCUGGUGGCGCGUAUCGUCCACGUGCUAUCUGUUAAUAGUAAGGAUUCGUUAGCUACU